AUGCUUACACUUCUGGGCUUAGGACUGGAGCCAACUGACAUUUCCUUAAAGGGCCUGGCAAUAGCAAAAAAGGCAGACUCUGUGUACCUAGAGAAAUACACCAGCAUAGUACUGGAUGAAACAGAAAUUGAAAGUAUUCUGGGAAGAGAAAUAAAGUAUGCGUAUAGAGAAGAUAUUGAAGGAUCAGAUGGAGGUGAUCCUCUGAUAAUCACUGAAGCCAUGGAGAAGGAAGUGGUUCUUUUGGUUGUUGGGACUCCUUUGUUUGCAACAACCCACACAGAGCUUCUGAUUCGCGCGCAGGAGCUAAAGAUAGGGAUCCAGGUCCUGCAUAAUUCAUCGAUACAAAGCGCAAUGGGCUGCUGCGGCUUUAAUUCCUACGGAUUUGGAAGGACAGUUUCGAUUCCCUUUUUCAUUGACAACUGGAGGCCGUACGACUUCUUAAAGAAUAUUAUGGUGAAUUUCGAAAAUGGGCUGCACACGCUCUGUCUGCUGGACAUAAAAAUAAACGAGCCAACAAUUGCCACUCUGCUAGGACAGGAGAAUGUCAGGUACAACCGCUUUAUGACAAUCCCAGAGGCAAUUGCACAGAUAGAAGAGGCAGCCAUGAAGAGCGGUGUGCCAGAAAUAAAUAGCAUAAAAAUAGUAGGAAUAGAGAGACUUGGGCAAAGUACAGAAAGAUUCACAUACGGAACACUCAGCGAGCUAAAGGAAAAAGAGUUCGGAUCGCCACUUCACUCAAUAAUUAUUCCCUCUGUGCACGGAAAUGCAAUGGAAAGAGAGUGCGUAGAGAGGUUUUUUAAGAGCAAAGAAUAA